GUGAUGAUCGCCGAACGCAUCCAUCACAGCAGUGAAAACUAUGUGGCAAUACUAAUGGACCGUGAAGAAAGCAGUCCGGUCAUUGUCGUGAGUCCGGUUGGUGGAGUAAACAUCGAAGAAACGGCAAAGAGUUCACCGCACCUAAUUUUUACGGUAUCUUUGACGUCGUGCCAAACCACCAAAGAAGUGAUCGAUAUCCAGGCUGGCCUUACAGAGCAGCAGGCGCUAACGAUUGCUCAAAAACUUAACUUUAAGGACAAGAUUGCGAAACAGGUGGCAGAACAGCUGCAACGUCUGUAUCGUAUGUUCAUCGACGUGGACGCGACGCAGAUCGAGAUAAACCCUCUGGCGAUUACUACAGACGGAAGGGUGUGUUGCGUUGAUGCGAAGUUGAACUUUGACGACAGCGCCGAAUUUCGUCAGCAGAGGAUCUUCGCCAUGCACAGCGCGGAAACUCAGCCACUCGAGCACGAAGCACACAAGCAUCAGUUGAACUACGUUGGGCUUUCGGGUAACAUCGGCUGCAUGGUCAACGGUGCCGGCCUAGCGAUGGCCACUAUGGAUAUGAUCAAGAUGUAUGGCGGAGAGCCAGCCAAUUUCCUCGAUCUUCGCGGUUCGGUCACCACGUUACAAGUUUUCCAUGCCUUGGGAAUUAUCGUCUCUGAUUCAAAGGUCAAGACAGUCCUGGUGAACAUUUUUGGUGGCAUUGUCGAUUGCCAGAUUAUUGCCGAAGGCAUAAUCGCCGGUGUGGAACAUUACGGUUUAUCGCAUCCUUUCAUCAUUCGCUUAGACGGAACCAACAAGACUUCCGCGUGCGAAACUUUGAAAGCCAGUGGCAUUCCUAUGCUGUUCGUUUCAGAAUUGGACCAGGCUGCGAUAAUGGCAGUGGAAAAUGCGAAGCAAUUUGCGUAA